UAAGAAAAGGAGGAAGAAGAAGACCGUCUAGUGUUUUGUCCCGGAAGUGAAGCGGACCGGUGAAAGAAACGCAUGUGGUUCAAUUUAACUGUCACUACAACAGUUUAGAUUUUUUUAAAGUUACAUUUGGACCCUGUCAAGAUUCGCGAAGACAUUCGCUACUGAAAAAACACUCAUUAUAUCAAGCUGGCUCGGAAAGUGAACACUGAUCAUGUCACAGGCCACGAAACGCAAGCACGUCGUCAAGGAGGUUCUUGGAGACUUCGUUGUGCCAGGGGAAAACCAGCAGAUUGUUAAGGUGACUGGUAGCCGCGGUAACAACCUCCAUGAAACUGUCACAGCUGAGGGCGAGACGUUCCUGGUGAGCAUGCCCACAAAGUUCCGCAAGAACAUUUGGAUCAAGAGAGGUGACUAUGUGAUAGUGGAUCCUAUUGAGGAGGGAGAGAAGGUUAAAGCAGAAAUCAGCUCAAUUCUUUACAAAGAUCAUAUCGUGUACCUGCAAGAACAUCACCUCUGGCCCAAAGGCUUUGUGAUAGAAAACAAACCCGGCCAACAGAAAGAGAUGGAAAACAACACCGAGGAGGAAGACCAGGAGGAGGCCAGCGCGAGCGACAACGAGGAUGAUUUGUUUGUGAACACCAACCGCUGUACUUACCAGUACAGUGAGAGUGAAGAUGAUGAGGACAGUGAUGCUCAGAGUGAAGAGGACACAAAGUGAGAGCAAAAGGACUGAGACUGGUGUUGGGAAAAUUCCCCAGCUUUAUUUUUUUUU